AUGGAUCCGCCUACAUGUGAUUUAGCACAGAAACAUAUUAGUAAAUUACUGAAGCGAUGCCGUUCAUUCGUGCAAUCAGUCAAGAAAUCUUUCAUUUUAAUGAAUUGUGUAUCUAAUCUUAAAACGCAUUUGAAAAUUAAUCGAUCAUUUCACCUAGAUUGUAAGAGUCGAUGGAAUUCAUCAUGUCAUUCAGUUGAAGGUAUGUUGUUGUGCAAGAAGAUUAUAAAUAAAAUCAACAGCGAAAAAUGUGGCAUUGGUCCGAACAAAAAACAAACAGCAGACCUUUCUUUAAUAGAACUAGACCAAGACGACCGAAAAAUGUUAGAAUUAAUUGAAUUUGUUUUAAAACCGAUCGUGAAUGCAACGGAACUUGUUAGUGGUAGUCGAUACCCAAUAAUUGAUAAUGAUGAUGAUUAUGCUGUAGGUGGUGAUUCGAAGACCUUAUAUUAUGUAAAAUCAUUAUUAUUAAGACAGUUUCAGAUAUAUUUUUUUGACAACUAUUCACAGUUGAAAAUCAUGAAGAAGUUGCAUUCAUAUUUUGAUCGAUUUGGAUUUCGUUGUUUAACAAGAAGAGAACAGGGACAAUGUGAACGUAUUAUUGUCGAAUUGAAUGAAGAAGUUGUCGAUGAAAUCAAUACUAUUGAUCAGCCACAAUCACGAAGCAGCAGUGGACGAAAAGUCCAUUCAUCAAAACCUUCCCUUAUGGCCAGCUUUAUCAGUUCUGUUAGCAAAAUAUUCGUAGUUGUCUCAUCAUCUCUCAAUAAUAAUAUAAUAAUACUAUUCAUGAUAAAAAAUCUUCAAAUACCAUGGACUUUUGGAAUUUAUAUCGAAUUCAAUUGA